AUGACCAAACACGAAUCUUCAUCAUCCAAUCCUCCUAUAGUCGGAGCCUUAAGUAUUCUCAGAAGAAAAGGAGCUCCAGAUCUCGCCGGGUUGGAAGAAAGAGCAAUAAAUCUCAAGAUGACUCCUCACACGGCGUCUCAUCAUUUGGAGAAAAAGCAAGGCGAACCUACAUUUUCAAAUCAGCAAUCUACCAGUUCCAAUGAUCCAUAUGCCUUUCCAACGAGUACGUCAGAAUACUACGGAUCACAGGUUGACCGACCUUCGUCAAGCUCUGAUGUGGCUUCGCAGUAUCAAAGUUCAUGGUCGACUACAUCCACAUGGACGAGUUCUUGGUCAGGCUCUGCGACUGCUACUGCCACUGCGAACGCUAUCGAAAGCUCAGCUAGCACAGUGAAUAACACUGAGUCUACUUCAUCGGACACUUCUUCAGCCUCGACCAGUCCUAGUGGAACGGUAAGUGCCAAUAAUCCAAUUACGACGUUAGAAGUGGAAGAUCCUUCUCAGAUGGGUACCAUCUACACUAUCGACGUCACAGUGGAUGGUGUGGAACUUCCUGUUCACAUCGAUACUGGAUCCAGUCAAUUUUGGGCAGCUCACGAUUCAUGCCGGGAAUGUAAAUUGAAUGGUAUGACCACUAUCAAUACUGCUCUUCCGUCAGAUUGUCAGGGUGAUAAUCUGAUCACCAUUACGUAUGCGAUGGGAUGGGUCAAAGGAUGUCAUGUGAACACUUCGAUCGCUCUCGGAGAGGACACCCUUCAAAGUUAUCCAGUUCUGGCUGUGAUCGAAGCUGGAGGAGGUACGGAACAACUUGGUGGCUACUACAGUGGUUUGAUUGGUCUUGCGAGUGCUGGAUUAAACCAAAAUGACAUUCCUACAGUCGUCUCAGCGCUAUAUAAACAAGGAUCGAUCCAGCAGCCAAUCGUCGGCUUUUACCUACCACGAGCAAGCGACAAUCAAGAAAGUGAAAUCACUUUCGGAGAUCCCGCCACAAGUGAAUAUGCAGAUGGCUCCAAAGUAGUCUAUCUUUCAAGACAAGGGGGACAGAAUGAAAAUUACAUCGUCAGGAUGGAUUCGUUCGUAGUGGGAUCCGAAACCAUCUCUCAAGGUACUGAUUGCUAUUUAGAUACUGGAUCUUCGGGUAUAGCUGUGCCGCAGAAUGUCCUGGAACAGGUAUACGAAACAGCAUACGGCCUGAACUCUGCAAAUUCUACCGAAUCUCCACCAUGCCAAGCCCCAAGCUCGAAUUCGGGCGUAUGGGUGACUUUCGGUGGUCAAGGAUUCGAGAUUCCAUACCAAGAUUUGGUCUACCAGAAUGAUGAUGGGACAUGUGGCGCAUUGAUCACGAGCUAUUCAGGUGAUGUAAGCAAUAUUUGGUUGUUCGGUGAUUCUUUCCUACACAAUGUGUAUCAUUCGGUAAAUGUGGAAACAGGAGAAGUCGAGUUGUUUGGAUUGAAAAACGCCACCAAUUCUCAAUAG